CCAGCUUCCAUUGCGGGUAAACAGACAUGGCUGACGAGGAAGAUCCUCGGGACGCUGCGCACAAUAUGGGCAACCACCUGCCGCUCCUGCCUGGUAACCUCCCGGGGCAAGUCCCCGGCAGCGGGUGGGGGGCGAGACCCGGACCCGCUCGCUUCACGGUGGGGCCGGGAAGGCGGAUAAGCAGAGAGUGAAGAAGAUGAUGAAAUGGAAGUUGAAGACCAGGACAGCAAAGAAGCCAAAAAGCCAAACAUCAUAAAUUUUGACACGAGUCUGCCAACCUCGCAUACAUACCUCGGUGCUGACAUGGAAGAGUUUCAUGGCCGGACUCUGCAUGAUGAUGACAGCUGUCAGGUGAUUCCAGUUCUGCCACAGGUGAUGAUGAUCCUGAUUCCUGGGCAGACUCUACCUCUACGGCUUUUUAGCCCUCAAGAAGUCAGUAUGGUGCGGAAUUUAAUUCAGAAAGAUAGAACUUUUGCUGUUCUUGCAUACAGUAAUAUACAGGAAAGGGAAGCACAGUUUGGCACAACAGCAGAGAUCUAUGCCUACAGAGAAGAACAAGACUUUGGAAUUGAAAUAGUGAAAGUGAAAGCAGUUGGAAGACAAAGGUUCAAAGUUCUUGAGCUAAGAACACAGUCAGAUGGAAUCCAGCAAGCUAAAGUGCAAAUUCUUCCUGAAUGUGUAUUGCCUUCAACUAUGUCUGCAGUUCAGUUAGAAUCCCUCAAUAAAUGCCAGAUAUUUCCUUCAAAACCUGUCUCAUGGGAAGACCAGUAUUCAUGUAAAUGGUGGCAGAAAUACCAGAAGAGAAAGUUUCACUGUGCAAAUCUGACUUCAUGGCCUCGCUGGCUAUAUUCACUAUAUGAUGCUGAAACCUUAAUGGAUAGAAUUAAGAAACAGCUACAUGAAUGGGAUGAAAAUUUAAAAGACGAUUCUCUUCCUUCAAACCCAAUAGAUUUUUCUUACAGAGUAGCUGCUUGCCUUCCUAUUGAUGAUGUCUUACGAAUUCAACUCCUUAAAAUUGGUAGUGCUAUUCAACGACUUCGCUGUGAAUUAGACAUUAUGAAUAAAUGCACUUCCCUUUGCUGUAAACAAUGUCAGGAAACAGAAAUAACAACCAAAAAUGAAAUAUUCAGUUUAUCCUUAUGUGGGCCAAUGGCUGCUUAUGUGAACCCUCAUGGAUAUGUACAUGAGACGCUUACCGUGUAUAAAGCUUGCAACUUGAAUCUGACAAGCCGGCCUUCUACAGAACACAGUUGGUUUCCUGGGUAUGCCUGGACUGUUGCCCAGUGUAGGAUCUGUGCAAGCCAUAUUGGAUGGAAAUUUACAGCCACCAAAAAAGACAUGUCGCCUCAAAAAUUCUGGGGUUUAACUCGAUCUGCUCUGUUACCUACAAUCCCAGACACUGAAGAUGAAAUAAGCCCAGAUAAAGUAAUACUUUGCUUAUAAAUGGAGAUGGCUGGUAUUCUCAGUCUGCUUUGGAAAUUACUGCCUCUGAUACAUGUGUAAGUAAACAGCAGCGUUUACAUGGAUGGUUAUAGUUUCCUAGUCCAACUGUAUUUGAAGAUUUUAAGUUCAAGUACCCUUUCAGAGAAGCUAAAAAUCAUUCUGAGUUUAAGAAAUACUUUAGUAGCUUGGAGCCAUGAUCCUGUGGAAUGUGCUGUCUGGAAACAGGUCGUUUUUAAGACAUAAGGACAUCUUUGAAAGUGAUGUUAUUGUCCACUGCACAAUAAAUUAGUCAUCUGAUCCUCUUUAUGGGAGAACAUGUUGGCCCCAGUACUGUCAGUGGUGAAGUUCUAAAAGCUGGGGUGCCAAGCACAAGUAUGUUUCUUUUUGAAAGAGCCAAGAAGGUGUACAUUAUUUUAAAGCUUCUCUGACAGUCAUUUGUAAAUUUUCAAAAUAUUAAAGAUUAAAAUAUGCAGUUUGAGCCCAAAAAUAGUUUUUAUUUCCUUUGAAUAGUUUUUAUUUCCUUUGUGUAUUUGAAAUAUUUGUUUAAACUAGAACCCUAGUUAUUACGUUCCAUACAAAGCAUUUUUUUUAAACUUCAUAAUUUGAACCUAAACUAUUCUGGGCCAGACAGAAAUAACAAAACAUGUUCACUGCAUACAGGCCAGAGGGGAUACUGUAUUUUGUGGGUUAUUUAAUGUACACUAAAGAAAAUGUGUAAGUAAACUUUAAGGCCAAAACUAAA